GCCCGGGAGGGCGGACUCCUCAGAUUUGGUCUUGACCAGCCAGGGCUUCAAGCUGGUCUCCGGUGACUCCUAGUCCUGAGUCUUGAUACCCUUGCGAGAGCUUUGAGCGUGGUGGGUCCCCGGCGUUUGGGGUCCGGGGUGUGUGUGGUUGUCUAGCCUGCAGCCGGGUUCCUUGGCGCGCUCGCGUCCUCCGCCGCUGGCCAGAAGAGACGCGCCCCAGCCCUGCGGGGAUGGAACGGACCGAGCUGCUGAAGCCCCGGACCCUGGCGGACCUCAUCCGUAUCUUACAUGAGCUCUUCGCGGGGGACGAAGUCAACGUGGAGGAGGUGCAGGCUGUACUGGAAGCCUACGAGAGCAAUCCCGCCGAGUGGGCUUUGUAUGCCAAAUUCGAUCAAUACAGCAGUAUUCACGAUCACACGGACUCCCACUGCUUUCUGAAGCUGCUGCAAGGAAAUCUAAAGGAGACACUGUUUGACUGGCCUGACAAAAAAUCCAACGAGAUGAUCAAGAAGUCUGAAAGAACCCUGAGGGAAAACCAGUGUGCCUACAUUAAUGAUUCCAUUGGCUUACACCGAGUAGAGAACGUCAGCCACACAGAGCCUGCCGUGAGCCUCCACUUGUACAGUCCACCUUUCGAUACAUGCCACGCCUUUGACCAGAGAACAGGGCAUAAAAACAAAGUCACCAUGACAUUCCACAGCAAGUUUGGAAUCAGGACUCCAUUUACAACUUCAGGGUCACUGGAGAACAACUAGGGCCCACCAAGCCCUUGGAAGUUUCGCUUUCUGAUCCUCUGAAUGUUUUCCCUUGGACAGAGAGGCCACCCACCAUUUGCUGUCCAGUUAUACAGUUAAACAAGGCUAUGCUCAGUUCUACUGCAUAGGCUGUGUCCUAAGGAGGCAAACAAUGCCCUGAGCUAUGCAGGUGGAAAAUCCUACUAAAGAAAAAGUCACUUGAUUUUUUUUUAAAUUAGGCAUUUACUUCAUUUACAUUUCAAAUGCUAUCCCGAAAAGUUAAGUUUUUAAUGACCAGGUUCUUUUGUCCUCUAACUCUGUUGGGGGUGGGGGAGAGGUUGUCCAUGGAAACUCUGCUUGGACUUUUGGUGGGUUUUUUUCAGCCUUAGGAAACACUCUGGUCUCUGAACUCUAAUAAUCAAUAAGUAAAAAUAAGAAACCUCAAACUAUAUGUGUCUGUUUUCAUACCUGGAAGUCUCAAUGUGGAAAUCCUUAAUAUACUUUGUAUAUUCUUAAUAUUUGUCAAGAAUUUUUUUUUCAACCCUAUUUGACAAAUUCCUAUGCUGUGGAGACUAGGGACGCAUAGAGCAGUUUGUUGCUUGGUAGUGACCAGCACGGGGUUAGAGAUGUGCGUGAACCCAGACCUCCUGCAAACAAAAACUGAAACUCAAGUGUAAUGUGUGCCACCACCUUGAGCUGCCACCAAAAUUGCCAAACAACUUUAAUAAAACUGGAUUUGAGAAGAACUACA